AUGGAGGGAGGGAGGGUAAAGAAAUGUUUUGUCUCAUCACAAGCAGUGAUGGGCAUGUUGAUGGUUCAAGUGAUGGCAACAGGAAUGCAAUUGCUUUCCAAAAUCAUAUUGAAUAAUGGAACAUUUGUGCUUGCACUUAUGACCUAUAGGCAUAUAGUUGCUGCCGUUUGCAUGGCUCCCUUUGCUUUCUACUUUGAAAGAGGCAUGAUCAAAAGUAAGAUGAAUUGGUCUGUUUUUUUCUGGCUUUUUGUUAAUUCCUUGUGUGGGAUAUUGUUUGCUAUGGGAUUGUUCUAUUACGGUCUCAAAGAUACCUCAGCUACGUAUGCUGUCAACUUCCUCAACUUGGUCCCUAUAGUAACCUUUGUUUUCUCCAUCAUCUUGAGACUUGAGAAAUUAGGACUGAGUACUCGAGCGGGGAAAAUCAAGAUAUCAGGUGCCAUAUUAUGCGUUUCAGGAGCUAUGAUAGCUUGUCUUUAUCAGGGAAAAACAUUCCACCUUAUUCAUAAAACUCUUCAACAUCAUGUUCAAGUCAAGUCAUCUGUGCUUCAUAAGACUCGUGGUACAAUCUUGCUCGUUGGCAGUUGCUUGUCUUAUUCUUCAUGGUAUAUAUUGCAGGCCAAAUUGCUCAAGGUGUUCCCAUUCAAAUAUCAUACAACCAUGAUCACUUGUAUCUUGGCUUCCAUCCAAUCAGCAGCAAUAGGUCUAUGCAUUGAUAGAAGUAACGCUGCUUGGAAGCUAGAGUGGAAUCUGCAGCUACUUACAAUCAUCUACUCAGGAUCCUUAGCCUCAGCUGCAACAUUUUGCUUGAUUAGUUGGGCUGUUGUUAGAAGAGGCCCUUCUUAUCCUCCUAUGUUCAACCCGUUGACACUAAUUUUUGUGGCAGUUUUGGAAGCUCUCAUAAUUGGUGCGGAAAUCACUGCUGGCCAAUUGCUGGGCAUGGUUUUGAUAAUAAUUGGUUUGUACUCCUUCUUGUUGGGAAAAACCAAGGAGAUGAAAAACAUGCCCAAGUCGAACAUAGAAGCUGCAGAAGCUGCCACGACAGUAGAAUCUACAAAGGUUCAGCCAGCUUCUCCUCUUACUACCACUAAUGAAGACAUGGAAUCUGGUUCUGUCAAGGAUGUUGUAAAUCCUUGA